GCACCGCCGCCGCCGUUUCAGUCGUCGUUGUCGUCGUCGUCGUCGUCGUCGCUGUCGUCGCCGUCCAUCACGAUCUGCAGUGAUCGCGGUACGCCGUAUUCAGACACGCGCCAGUCGCCGCACACACGCGUACGCACGCACACACACAAUCGGCCGAGCACGUGUGCGCACGUCCGACGCGAUCACAAGAAGGCACAAACGGACGACUCAACGCAUAUCGGUUAAACAAGAAAUCAUAAUUGAUUAUUUUUAAUUUGAUUCUAUACGGUUCAAAUUAUUUUAUUUGUUUAACAGUACAACUUUGAGAUGGCUGAAUUUCGAAAUUUUAAGAAUGAUCAAUCGCUUCUAAAGACGAUGUUAAGAAGGAAAAAGGAAUCCGAUUUGAGUACUGAGCCAACGAAAAAUCAACUUAGCCGUGUAUUAGGACUAGUAGACUUGAUUUCUCUUGGCGUUGGUUCAACUCUUGGACUUGGCGCUUAUGUACUAGCUGGAGAAGUUGCAUUUAAAUUUACUGGGCCCGCUGUAGUUUUAUCAUUUGCUUUUGCAGCUGUAGCAUCGGCACUGUCAGGAUUAUGCUAUGCCGAGUUUGCUAGUCGUGUACCAAAAGCCGGGUCGGCAUAUGCGUUCAGCUAUGUUGGUAUAGGUGAAAUAGUGGCAUUUCUCAUAGGAUGGGAUUUAAUAUUAGAAUACAGUAUCGGAUGUGCCAGCAUUGCAAGAGCUUUAAGUGGGCAUAUUGAUAAACCACUUGGUUAUCCCAUGAGAAAUUAUUUUCAACAAACGUUUCCAAUGGAUAUCGAUUUUUUGGCUCCAUAUCCAGAUCUCUUUUCAUUCGCAUCUAUACUAAUGUUAACUUUGUUGAUAGCAUGGGGAAUGCGAGAAUCAUCUUUACUUAACAAGAUAUUUACCAUUGUCAAUCUGCUUACCGUUUCCACAGUCGUCAUAACUGGCCUGUUCAAAAUUGAUUUUUACAAUUGGAAUAUACCAAAAGAGAAAAUACCAUUGGAUGCGAAAGGUGGAGAAGGCGGAUUUUUACCAUUUGGAUGGUCCGGAGUAUUUGUGGGAGCAGCGACAUGUUUUUAUGGAUUUGUCGGAUUCGAUGCCAUAGCCACUACUGGCGAAGAAGCCAAACGACCUACAAGAGACAUACCUUUGGCAAUAGUUAUAUCGUUAUCCAUCAUCACGUUAUCGUAUUGCAGCGUAGCUAUCAUAUUGACACUUAUGUGGCCAUACUAUUACCAGGAUCCGGAAGCUCCCUUCCCACACAUAUACCAACAGAUGGAAUGGCAUGCACUUGAAUGGAUUGUUACAAUCGGAGCAGUGUUUGCUUUAUGCACAAACAUGAUCGGUACACUGUUUCCCUUACCCAGAAUAUUGUACUCCAUGGCUUCCGACGGGUUAUUGUUUCACAUUUUUUCUAAAGUUGAUUCCAAAACAAAAACUCCAUUUUGGGGUACAUUCAUAUGUGGAGCUUUUGCUGCGAUUUUGUCUAGCCUUUUUGACCUGCAACAAUUAAUGAACAUGAUGUCCAUCGGUACGUUAAUGGCAUACUCUCUCGUGUGUAUAUGUGUUCUAAUUUUGCGUUAUACAAACGAUGAUUCCGAAGAGUGUAAAAUAAGAGACAACGGUAGAUUUCGAGUAUCUCUCAUGAGACUAUUAUCAUCCAGUUUCAAUCUCCCAAAGUCACAGAUUACAACAAAAAACACUGGCCGAACCUCGAUCAUUAUAAUAAUGGUUUAUCUUGUCGUGUCCAUAUGCUUCUGUUCGUCCGUCUCAAUUGUUCAAAACGAAGGAAAGUUCAACGCAGUCACGUAUACGGCAUGCAUUUUUUUCGGAGUGUGUUUGUUGGUGCUAUGCUAUUCGUUAUCGAGACAACCACAGUCUACAAAUCGGCCUACAUUCCACGUACCUUGCGUUCCUUUCGUGCCGUGCCUGAGCGUUGUCCUCAACAUCUACCUCAUGACGCAACUGGACACGUCCACCUGGAUACGAUUCACUGUUUGGCUGUUCAUCGGCGUGUUGAUUUACCUGUUCUACGGACUCCGGUACAGCGUGGAACGGUUGAACCAGCGUCGGAUCGUCGAUGAAACGUAUAUGAAACAGAUACGUUAUGAAAUCCAAGUCUAUUAGCGCGGGGGCGACGGUGGGGUGGGAGGGAGGAGGAUGAGGUGAACGUGUAAGAGACAUCGUGUGUGGGUGCGUAUUUGAGGGAGAGAGAUAGACAAAGAUAGAAUGUGAGAGUGAAUGUGUAGUGUGUGCAUAGUGCGUUUACAUGUGUGUGUGUGUAUGUGUGCGAGAGUCGGGUUUAAAAAUAGAGAUAACGGACCUAGAGUCUACAACGAUUCCGUUAUUCGCUAUAACCCGCCCACGAUACGUACACAUCACCAUCUUAUGCAUUUGUACAAAAAUAAUAAUAAUAAUAAUAAUAAUAAAAAAAUAUGACUUUAUACCACUAUACCUUCAAAAUAAUAUAACAAUAAUAAUAUUAUAUAAUCUAUACAAAACGAUCCGAGGACAAUUAUUUCAAAAUUUUACACAAUAUCAAUACAAGCGCCGUCGUCAUAGUCAUCGUCAUCGGCGGUAGUGAAUCUCCGAAAUUAUUAUUAAUAUAUUAUUUGUGUGUUUGUUUGUUUAUUUGUUUGUUUUUUUUUAUCAUGACAGUUAUAUUUUUACAGAAACAACGUUAAAUAAUUUUUAUAAAAUACGCGUCUUAAAUGUGUCGUUUCGUAUUUUUUUUAAAUGUCUCAUGUCAAAAUACACCUGUGACUCCAUUUUGUUUAAACGAUUAUUUAUCCUAUUUUUUUUUUUUUUUUAU